UUCAGCAGAGCAGACCAACAACACCAUGGACAUCGGCACAGCAAUUUUAAUAAUUGGCUUCGCUGCUCUUGUUGCAGCCUUCCUCCUUCUGGUAAUUGGACUUGUGUACUCCGAGCUGAUGAAUUCAGACAUUCCUCAUGGGGUUGCAAAUAGUGGCAAACUGCACAUGGUUCAUGGCUUGUUUGUUGGCAUAGCAAUUGUGGGUCGUAUCCUACAUCGCCUGGGUGUUUGUCAUCAGAUCAGCUUUCUCCGAUGGUUUGUGGCUUGUUUUCUGACUCGCUUAAAUCCAGUUCCUGUGGGCCUCCGAGUGAAGGAUAUGAAGUUUUCUGAUGUCCCGGUUCGAGUCUAUGAACCCACAACAGUGUGUGACGGCUUGAGGAGAGGUCUUGUGUAUUUCCCUGGAGGAGGAUGGGUAUUGGGAAAUAUAAAUUCUGUCGAUGAAGUCUGUCGGCACAUCGCCAAGGAGUCCAACACGACGGUGGUUUCUGUUGGGUACCGAUUAGCCCCUGAGAACAGGUACCCUGCCCAGCUGGACGACUGUGAGACAGCAACAUGUCACUUCCUGUCUGUGGCCGAUGCAGAGUUUAGCGUGGACCCUCGCAGAGUUGCAGUGGGAGGGGACAGCACUGGGGCUAACCUGGCAGCCGCGCUGUGCCAAAGGCUGGCGAGGAGAGAGAUCGGACAUCUGCUGUUCCCCUGCGCUCAGGUCCUCAUCUACCCAGCCCUGCAGAUGGCAGAUUUCAACCUGCCCUCAUACCAGCAAAAUCAUGCUGUGCCCAUAUUGUUUCGUGGCCGUAUGGCGUUCUACUUCCUGCAGUACCUCAAUGGGGACAUGUCUCUGUGCCAGGACAUUUUGGAAGGCAUCCAUGUCCCAAAUGAGCUCAAACCACGAUAUGAGGAGUGGCUCUCCCCUUCUAAUCUUCCUGCGGAGUUCCUUGCGCGAGGUUACGAUAAGCACCCAACCCCACAGUAUGAUGGGCAGGUGUAUCAUGCAAUGAAAGCUGGUUUGGAACACGAGGUUUCUCCUUUACUUGCGGAGGACGCUGACAUUCAGAAAACACCUCCCACCCUUAUCCUCACCUGUGAGUAUGAUGUCCUGAGGGAUGAUGGGUAUCUGUAUAGGAAACGACUACUGGACUUGGAAAAGGAUGUGACUUGGUGCCAUGUGACCGGAGGUUUUCAUGGCAUGGUUAACUUCUUCAACCAGGGCUGGCUCAGCUUUCCCUCUGCAGUGCAAGUACUGGAUAGUGUUGUGGAUUACAUGAAACAACUGUGA